UCAUCUGUAGGUUACAGUAGAGCGAUAUUUCAACCGUUCUUGCUUGUACGUAGCACAUAUCUCGUUUUAUUUACAUUAACUAGCUGACGAACACAUUUUAAGAAGCAUUGCACAUAGCAAUGGUCUUAAACGCAGAUUUGAGUUCAAACAUAAAUGUAUUAAUUGAUUAUUAGACUUAAUUUUUAGCCCUUUAAUUAGAUGUGAAAUAGGAGCUUCAUUGCAAGACCAAAGAAAGAGGAAGAGGGAGAGAUCUCAAUCAAGCCACAAAACUGAGAUGUGUUUGUGAUAUGACUAGGAUAGAUAAAAAUAUGCAUAUUUCGAUCUUUAACUCAUACUUAACCUGAUCGACUGGCUUCUUGCAUCUUUUUUGGAUAUUCAGGAGAUAAUCCUACCCGUGUCGCAUUGAUAGCCAUUAUUUAUGUUUCUCCAACCAUUGGGCUUCAGAUUUCCUCCAUCUUUCUGCCUUGUAAGAAGAAGAGGAUACAUGUCAUCGUUAUUUGCUUGUUUACUCUUAGCUAAUUAAACAGGGAACCGCUGCAAAAUAUCGGCGCAUGCAAGUCGUCCACUUUCACCCUUUUUGCGAUUUUUCAGGGAGCUGGUUUGCUUUUUAUAUUUUAAUAUCUUAAAGAUAUUACCUCGUUAAGGCGUUGUUUUCUAUACCAACGUGAUUAUUGAUUUUAACGGGAUUGCGUUGGUUUGGGCGCAGUUGUUUUUGAUUAAAGGAGAUUUUCUUGACGUUGUGGGGAUUGAUCUUAUUAUUUUGGAAAUUUCCGGACCUGACGGGGAUGCCAUGCACAUCUAUUGUUCCUCUCCAAAACAAUAAGCUAUUUCUGCUGCUAUAGCGGACCUGAGGGCGACGUUGCUUCAACGAUAACGACCCUGUUAGAUUUUCCAUUUUGAGUUUUUUUUGUUUGUUUUGUUCUUCUUCACUUUUCGACUGUUAUCAGACACAAUGGCUGAUUUCUGAGAGACUGCUGGAGAAACGCGACAAUAAAAGGAAAUUAUAAAUAAAACCCGAUGUUCGCGCCUUUCUCGCGCAUCAUCAUCAUAACCACCACCGCCACAGCUCCCGCGCUCGUCUCGUUCUGAGUCCACCCUCCUGCGCGCCGCCGCUCCCCGCGCGCGCGCAUCACCUCACGUUUGGUUCUGGUACCGUUAGCGACUCGGUUCGACCCAGAGGGCUUGAAGAUGGCGGACCUAGAAGCGGUGCUCGCCGAUGUCAGCUACCUGAUGGCGAUGGAGAAGAGUAAAUCUACUCCAGCGGCCCGGGCGAGCAAGAAAAUCAUCCUUCCCGAACCCAGUAUUCGAAGUGUUAUGCAGAAGUACCUGGAUGAAAGGAAUGAACUGACCUUUGACAAAAUCUUCAACCAGAAGAUUGGUUUCCUCUUGUUCAAGGAUUUCUGCAUGAACGAGAUAGAUGAGGCCGUUCCGCAGCUGAAGUUUUACGAAGAGAUUAAAGAGUACGAGAAGUUAGACUCGGAAGAGGAGAGGCUAACUCGCAGUAGACAGAUUUACGACAUCUACAUAAUGAAGGAGCUUCUGUCGUGUUCACAUCCCUUUUCUAAGAAGGCAGUAGACCAUGUCCAGACUCACCUAGCAAAGAAACAAGUUCCUCCCAAUCUCUUUCAGCCAUACAUUGUUGAAAUCUGUGACAGUCUUCGAGGAAAGAUCUUUCAGACGUUUAUUGAAAGUGACAAGUUUACUCGUUUCUGCCAGUGGAAGAAUGUAGAACUGAAUAUCCAUUUGACAAUGAAUGACUUCAGUGUGCAUCGGAUCAUCGGCAGGGGAGGUUUUGGAGAGGUGUACGGAUGUAGGAAGGCGGACACAGGGAAAAUGUAUGCCAUGAAGUGUUUGGAUAAAAAACGUAUCAAAAUGAAGCAGGGAGAAACGUUGGCGCUCAAUGAGAGAAUCAUGCUGUCAUUGGUCAGCACCGGGGACUGUCCUUUCAUAGUGUGUAUGACGUAUGCCUUCCACACCCCUGAUAAACUGUGUUUCAUCCUGGACUUGAUGAAUGGUGGAGACCUCCACUAUCACCUGUCUCAGCACGGGGUCUUCAGCGAGAAGGAUAUGCGUUUUUAUGCAGCUGAGAUCAUCCUCGGCCUUGAACACAUGCACAAUCGAUUCGUCGUCUACAGAGACCUCAAGCCUGCGAAUAUCCUCUUAGAUGAACACGGACAUGUUCGUAUCUCUGACCUGGGCCUGGCCUGCGAUUUCUCCAAGAAAAAGCCUCAUGCCAGCGUGGGUACCCAUGGAUACAUGGCACCUGAGGUUCUGCAGAAAGGAACAGCGUACGACAGCAGCGCCGACUGGUUCUCUCUGGGCUGCAUGCUGUUCAAACUCUUGCGAGGGCACAGUCCAUUCAGACAGCACAAGACCAAAGACAAACACGAGAUCGACCGAAUGACACUUACCAUGAAUGUGGAGUUACCUGACUCCUUCUCACCUGAACUAAAAUCCCUCUUGGAAGGACUCUUACAUAGAGAUGUCGCCAAAAGAUUGGGCUGUCUGGGACAAGGAGCAUCAGAGGUGAAGGAGCAUUUGUUCUUUAAAGGAAUCGAUUGGCAGCAGGUCUAUCUCCAGAAGUACACCCCACCCCUAAUUCCCCCCAGAGGAGAGGUCAACGCUGCGGACGCCUUUGACAUUGGCUCCUUUGACGAGGAGGACACCAAGGGAAUUAAGCUGCUGGACAGUGAUCAGGAGCUCUAUAAGAACUUUCCGCUGGUGAUCUCCGAGCGCUGGCAGCAGGAGGUGGCCGAGACGGUAUACGAUGCUGUCAACAGCGACACAGAUAAAAACGAGGCUCGCAAGAGGGCCAAAAACAAACAGCAGGGCCACGAGGAAGACUACGCACUGGGGAAGGACUGUAUCAUGCACGGAUACAUGCUCAAGCUAGGAAGCCCUUUCCUGACACAGUGGCAGCGGCGAUAUUUCUACCUAUUCCCCAAUCGCGUUGAGUGGAGAGGUGAAGGAGAGUCCAGGCAAAACCUGCUGACCAUGGAGCAGAUCGUGACUGUGGAGGAGACGCAGACUAAGGACAAAAAGUGCAUCCUGCUGAGGAUCAAAGGAGGAAAGCAGUUUGUCCUGCAGUGCGAGAGUGACCCAGAGUUUGUACAGUGGAAGAAGGAGCUUACCGAAGCUUUCACAGAGGCCCAGAAUCUGCUGCGUCGUGCCCCCAAAGUCAUCUGCAAGGGGCGAACCAACAUGGUGGAACUGUCCAAACCUCCGCUCAUGCACCGCAACAGCAAUGGCCUGUGAGCCGCCUCCUCCCCACCACCCUUCUCUGCCACUCCUCCCCACCACUCUUCUCCAUCCUUUUCGUCAACACACACAUGAGCACGCGCUCACACUCUCAUCUCUCCAUGUAAGCACUUGUCCAGCACCAUUAGGCUUCCCAACAUGCACCUAAAGAGACAGUGGGCCACCACAUGGAAGGUUCUGCUGGAUUUUUACCCUGCUGUUCCUCAAUGUUUGUCAAUCAGAUCUACAUGCACACACCUAUAUACACAGUUUCUUGCAACUUGACAUGUUGGGGUUAUCUACACAGCAGAAUAACAUCAAAGAACAAUUAGUGAUGUUAAUGCUGAUUUUUGGACAUUGUUUUGAUAAGAGGCCAGAAGUGCAGGCUGGGAUACUACAACAUGUCAUGCUUUCCUUCUGUGAUGCCCAAUGUUCUCGCCCUGCAGAGCCUGGGCAAAGUCCUUGCACAUGCAGACAUACAUGUGAAGACUGCAAAGCGAGGUUGCAAGAACCUGAAUCAGUGUCCACUUGGAAUCUCUUUCCCAAGUGACAGCAUGCUAGAGCUGGACAAUAUCAGUACCUCUUCUGGUGGAAGUUAUAUCCCUUUCGCCUCUGGGGGUUUCGUCCAGAGCUGAGGGAAACUAGAGCCAUGCAGCCUGAGAGAUCUAAUCAAAUGGAAACCAUCUCUGAAAAGAUGAUGACUGGAUAGAUAUCACUCCUGUUGUCUUCUCCAUGUCAUUUUUGUGGGAACGCCAAGGCCACCUCACUGACUGUGCCAUUCGCAAAGCAAAUGCUUUGUACCACUCUCUGUCAUCAUUGUGGGUUCAUGGAGUCUCCAGUCUUGCCGUUUCUGCUUGAUGGAAUCAAAAACAGGCUUCUUUUUGUGGACUAUGGUGGAACCCAACCCCUGUUCCGUAUAUGUUUAAAAAGUCUGGUUUUCGACUUCCUGAAUUCUUGCUGUUAGGUUGAAGGAACUGCACUGAUGUGGAACGACGAGUGGAAGUACAGUGUAAAAAUUAGGGUGCGUCUGUUUAUUUUUUCGGUGCUUAGCCCCUGUGCAGUCCAAAUUCAGUUGUUUUUUGUGUGACCGCUCAUGUGCAUUAAUUGUGUGUAUUGUGCAUGCACACAACACAAACUAGGAGUUGUCGCUUUAAAGAGGACAGCCGGAUAUUGUCACCAGAAAGAAUUCCUUUCUUUCACCUUGAAUGUAUUUUGUUUGCUUUUCGUAUUGUUUUUUUGUUUGUUCGGUUAAGAGGUGGAGUUAUUACGCUGCUUGACAAUGGGAUGGACCUGGCGGGAUGUUUACGAAGACAUGCCCCCUUUAGAAUCCCUGAACUCCCAUUCACAGAAGUGCAAAAAGUGCCAAUGAAAAUUAACAUUUUGACUUGAGACACCUGAGAAUUCUUCAUGCCAGGCCCGCUUGACGUCAGGCCACACUUUAGACAUCACCUCAAUCUCCCUGUGAAUGCACCCAAGUACAGUGUUGGAAAUCGCAACAUGAACGCACACAGUAAAACUGAACUGCUGACCUUCUCGUUUCUCCAAUCGCUUGAAUGACUUCAGUGAACUUUGAGAAGGAGUCCAUUGGAUGCCAAUGGAUGGUGGAUGAUGCAUGAUGUCAUGGUUGGAGGGACCACUUGGGGGGGAAAGGCGACAUUGUUUAGUCUUUAAUCCAGCUGUAUAUAAGAUCCUUUCUCUGUGCAUCUACAGUAUAACCUUCUUGACAAUUUUUGCAUAUAUGGAAAAUUCUGUCUGCCUGUCUGUGUUUGUCCCUAUGUCUCAGCUUAGGGCGGGGGCAGGUGGGUUGGGCUUCACAUCUGUCAAUCAGCGGGCAUGUGCAUUCCGCAGACUGAGAGAUUUGCGUUUGCACCCCUUUUAGGACCAUUGGUGUGAAAGAGAGUAGAGUGAAUGGCUUAUCUCAUAAUGAGGUGUGAGGAGGUCAUCUGUCUCAUGUGUUUCAUUAUGCCAGUCCUUCUGAAGAUGAGAUGUGCAUCACAGCAUCACCAUUAUCCAUUCGCAGGCAGACAGACUGUUAUUUAGAGAUAGGUGUGAGAUUGUGCGUUGGCAUCCCCGCUUGAAGGUAGGAUGUUCACACACACAGGUGUUUGGGAAAAGGUGGGCUAUGGGGAUUACAAAAGAAAGACAACUUUAAAACUAUGUGUUGCAAGGCUUGAUUUGAAUAUAGUUUAAUUUUUUAUAUUGUUUUGAAUGUGAGGCAAAAUGCAGAUUUCUAUAGAUUACAUAUUUUUUGGAGGAUGUUAUGUGCAUUUAUUUUGAUUUUUUUAUUUUUUUUUGAAUGAAAAAAAAAAACAAGCAUAGCUUAACAGGCUUGAGGUGAUUUCAAAGAGUAUAAUAUUUUUUCUUUAUGUAUAUUCAGGUUAUUUUUGUUUUCAUGCAGUAAUUUUCUUUUUUGUGGCUCCUGUCCAUGCAUUUCGAGUGAUAAUUGAUUUGCAUGCGACCCUGGGUUUUGCAAAAGUUGCAGGGUUUAGGGCAUCGAUUUGUUUUUGUAGCCUUUAAGUGUCGGGGAGGUGCCAUCCCGAGGAUGUUUUAGUGCCCUUCAAGGGUUUUAUUUUGAAACCAAAAUAGCUGGUUUGAAAUAUUAUCACUGCACUUUCACUACCACACUUCAUGAGCUGAUGAAAAAAUGUGCCAAAUGACUGUAGGAGAAUGUCCUGAACCAAUGCUGUGCUCGCUAGCUCCAUUUCCGUGGAAAAAAUUGGUACGUUUUAGCAGGCGGCCAACGUUUGAGUUUGAGAAAGGGUACAAAAAUGUGACCAAAAUUCAGGUGACGUGGAACAAGUGGGCUGUGGGGCAAACAAUCUGACGUUAUUGAUGAUAUGCCUCGAAGCUACUGACUGGCGGUGAUCGUUACCACGUACAAAGUGACGAACUGCUAUAUUCUAGCCCAUAUCUUAAAGAGGGUGGCACCUCCGCAAGUCCUAAAUAUCCAUGAUUUAUUCAGGGGUUUUAUAGUUUAUUUUAAUGGUAGCUUUUCAUUCACUUUGUCAGUGUUUGCUUCAUUCAAUUGCUUGUGUGUAUAUUCCGUAGCAGUGAGAUUGUCUGGCAAACGCAGGUUUCAAAAUGGUUUCAACGUGGAACAGGACGAUAAAUAGGAAAAAAAUGAAAAAGAAACUUAACAAAAAUCAAAGUAUAUAUGUGUAUAUGAAAUUACAACAAAUGAGUUUAGGUCUAUUUAAAAGAUUUUACAGUGUAGAAACAAAAAAAAUUGACUCGGGAAGGGAUUGGGUUCGAUGUAAAUUCAACUAUUUGUGGUGAAGAAUCAGCUCCGAUCUUGCACAUAAAAGUUUAGAUAUUGUACCUACGAGUUACAGAUUAUUAUUUUUGUUUGUUUAAUACUGGAUUCUCUUGCUCUCUUUCAUAUUUAUUGUCUGGUCGGGGAGCUUGCCCCUCUGUGCGUGGGUUUACCGAGGGCACGGAGCUGACAAGAAUCCGGGGUUUACAGUAAACCGAAACUUUUUCAUGUGCCACAAACAAACGCAAAUACUACUGUCUGGGGUUAUUACCAUUAAGGUUAAGAUGAUGAUGAUGAUUAUAAUAAUUAUUGAUAAUAUUAUUCAAUGAAUGAUAAUGGUUAUUAAAAUUAUUCUCUCUUUUUUUUUUUUUUUCUGAACAGCUAGGAACAUGUGUGUUGGACUGCUUAUUAAAUCAGUUCUGAAAUAAAGGCCAAUGCCUUUUUCGUGUUGCCUUGUCUGUUGUCUUCAUGCUUUGUCUCUUUUUUUCAUAUAAAGCUGCUUCAUUUGGGCAAUUUAUUCUGUGAAAAUGGAUCUGUAGGGAUAUUUCUCAAUGACAAAGAUCAGAUUUAAGAUUUACUCUAGGAACUUAAACCUUCAUUAGGCAACUUUUAGCCAGGUUAAAGCCAUUUUGAGGGACUUAGGCGCCAGUUCUAAUCACUGGAGCUCAGUGUGAUAGAGCAGUGCAUUGUUGUUAUUAAAUAAACGUUGAGUAAACACUCUUCUCUUGGACAUCAUUUUGCACUCUGCAGCUAUAAUGAAAGCUCAUAUAAAUGAAAGGGUUCUUGAGGUUUAUUGUCCUCCACAUAUUGUAAUAAUUGUCCUCUCUCACCUCUUGUACAUGGAUAUGAAUACACUAAGAAGACUGCACUAGAUGGUGUUUCUAACUGCACUGAUUUAAGAUAGUGGCCCAUAAGUAUUUGGUAAUAA